ACAUUUCCUAAGAAGCACUGCGUUCUCCAGGGAUCUGGAGGAAUAUGGAUUGCGCUUGCGUAGCCAGACGUGGCAGCGGCAUCAUGGCUUCUUGGAACCGAUACGGGAGACGUUGGAGACUGAUCGAAAUGUUCCUAUUCUUGUCAUUGGUUGCAGUGUCAUCCGCCCUGCAGGCAGCGAAGGUGUCGCCACUCAUAGAGAGAGUCAAUGACCACAAGGAUUUCAAGAAACUUCUAAGGACCAGAACUAAUGUUCUUGUUUUAUACACCAAGUCAGCUUCAUCUGGAGAUGCUCAUCUAAAGCUGCUGUCUGAUGUGGCUCAGGCCGUGAAAGGUCAGGGUACCAUCGCCUGGGUGAAUUGUGGGGAUUCAGAAGGCCGCAAACUCUGUAAAAAAGUCAAGGUAGACCCCAGCUCAAAACCUAAAGGAGUCGAGGUCCUGCAUUACAAGGAUGGGACCUUCCACACAGAAUAUAACAGACCAGCCACAUUUAAGUCCAUGGUGGCAUUCCUGAAAGACCCUGCAGGUGCCCCCCUGUGGGAGGAGAACCCUGAGGCUAAAGAUGUUGUUCACAUAGAGUCAGAGAAGGAUUUCCGGAAGCUGCUGAAAAAAGAGGAGCGGCCCAUCCUCAUGAUGUUUUACGCCCCAUGGUGUGGUGUAUGUAAAAGGAUGCAGCCCAUUUUCCAGCAAGCAGCCACUGAGACAAAAGGAAAAUAUGUGUUGGCUGGGAUGAACGUGCACCCAGCGGAGUUUGACGGGCUCAAACAGGAGUUCAGCGUCAAGGGCUACCCAACCUUCUGCUACUUUGAGAAGGGGAAAUUCUUGCAUCACUAUGAAAAUUAUGGAGCCACCUCCAAAGACAUCGCUGAUUGGUUGAAAAACCCUCAGCCUCCACAACCUAAAACUCCAGAGGUGCCCUGGUCAGAGUCCGGCUCAGCGGUUUUCCAUCUGACCGAUGAGUCUUUUGACACGUUCCUGGAGGAGCAUCCUUCAGUCCUGGUCAUGUUCUACGCUCCCUGGUGUGGCCACUGUAAGAAGAUGAAGCCAGAGUAUGAUGAAGCUGCUGACAUUCUCAACAAAAACCCAGAGAGCCCAGGUGUAUUGGCAGCAGUGGAUGCCACCAUUCACAAGUCCGUCGGAGAGCGGUUUAAAAUCUCAGGCUUCCCCACAGUGAAGUACUUUGAAAAGGGGGAGGAGAAGUACACGCUUCCUCAACUCCGGAGCAAGGACAAGAUCAUCGAGUGGCUGCAGAAUCCCCAGGCCCCACCUCCUCCAGAGAAGUCGUGGGAGGAGAUGCCGUCCAGCGUGAGCCACCUGGGAGCCGAAGAUUUCAGGGAAUCUCUGAAAAAGAAGAAACACGCCUUGGUCAUGUUCUACGCUCCAUGGUGUCCGCACUGCAAGAACGCCGUCCCUCAUUUCACCACAGCAGCCGAGCUGUUCAAAGAGGACCGCAAGAUUGCAUAUGCUGCAGUGGACUGCACAAAGGGACAGAACCAUGAGUUGUGUAAACAGGAAGGAGUUGAAGGCUACCCGACAUUCAACUAUUAUAACUAUGGGAAGUUCAGCGAGAAAUACAAUGGGGAAAGAGGGGAAGCUGGCUUCACUGGUUUCAUGAGAAAUCUCAGGGGCCGGGACCAAGAGAAAGUGGGCAAGCGGAAGGAGGAGCUCUAAUAGUGUGGGCGUGGUUCCUGUAGAUGGGAGGAGCCUAUCAUUGCACUGUGACUUGGGCAGGGACAUCCCAGCACUGAUGCCACAGACUUGAAACCUCAGCUAAAAGGCUAUUUUUUAUACAGCUGUGCCCUUAUGUUUAUAAUUCCAAUGUAUGACCGUCAGACCACUUCAGAUUUUUGCUUUGUUUUGUUUUGUUUUUAUUUCCUCAGACAUUUUGUGAAAUUGUUUCCAAAUACUGUGACUUACAUUACUGAAAUCCACACCUGAAAUCUAUGCAACACUGGACCCUCCCUCGCCAGGGUCCCGUACGUGUGAUUGGUGGCUGGUGUUCCUUGCGGGAAACCAGUUAUCACCAGGAUACAUUGCCAUCACUCCCAUUCCAGCGAGGAGGAAUAAUGUGUACAAUCGUAUCUGCAAAUAUUUUUCUAAAAAAAAAAAGAGAAAAGAAAAGAAAAAAGGGAAAAAAAUGCCGUAUAACAUCAUGGUUGUGGGAGGGGGAAAAAUAUGGAGAAAGUUGUUGUAGCUGAACUUUGUGGCCUUAAAUGUUUGAAUAACUGUCGUCCAAAUAUAUUACUAUUUUCGAGAAAUACAGUACUAGGGCCAAAAUACAAGAUCAAAUAUAAGGACUUGUAUUCAAAGUAUCCCCCCCCCCUCAUGUUUUAUUAUUAGUUGUGACCGAAUAAAAUGUAACAAAACUGGAAAUGCAAAACAAAAAACAUUUUAGAUCUAAAUAAUUUAUUUUUCUGGAAUUCUUGCAAUUCUGGGCCCUUCACGUUCCAUUACAAAUUAAUGUUCUGCAUUUUUUAAAAGUCUGGUUUAAAUGUCUAAGUCUGGUUAUAUAGUCUAUGACCCACCCCUCUUCUGAUUUACAAUGCUACUCUAGAUCUCUAACACACAUGGACAUUUCCUCUUAUAAGCAUGAGUAAAAAAGUUGUUGAUGGGAACAGAAGAUCAUAACAUCUUCAUUUAUGCGAGAGGGAGAUGGUUUGCUUUAAGGCAUGUUGAGUGAUGCUCAUUUAACACGUCUCGCUGGUUUAAACAGUGUAGAGCCGGAGGAUCCGUUUUACUCGCUCUCUGCCAGAUGUUGGCACUUUUAGUGAUACCACAACCCUUCCCAAUAUCUGUGUGGCGACUACACUAUUGUGUGUGUGUGGCAAACUCCCUGCUCUAGGCAGUAUACAUAUUUAAUGGUCUUGUAGCUGAACUUUUGUUGUAUAAUUCAGAAGGCUGGUUCGAUUCAUUAUAAAUAAGGUUCUCAGGGAUAGCGAAACACAAUUGAAAAUCAUAAUUUGCAAUCCAGUUGAGUGUUCUCUAUUCAUGUCACCGAAUUAUGAAUUGUUUACAUGUGUCUUUGGGAGAUGGAACACGAAAAAAAAAAAAAAUCAUUGAACAGGAUUUCAGUUUACAUUUCCUUGCCAAAUUUGCGGCAAGAAGCAUUGAAUAAAACAUGAGCCAAGGAACGCUGAUGCAUGGAUGUCAAUUAUAUGCAAGAUAAUGGCUUCAAGUUCAAAUACUGUCUUUAAGGGUAAAACAGGAUCACUUGCUGAAUUUGUAUCAUGUAGCUGAUUGUAAAAGGGUCCUAAUGAGGGGAAGGGUACAGAUUGCUUGUCAGAACAUGUUCAAUAAUGGUCCAGAAUGACCGAUGUAAUGAAUGAACUCUUGCAGAGGUUUGUCUCACUGCUUGACACUGCUGUCGAGACAUGGUUCAUUUGUGCAUUGACAUUUACAUCAAUAUUUGGAUGGUCAGGGACUUUCAUCUGGUUCCUUUGAAUUCUUCUGUUUUAGAAAGGUGUGCUUUGUCUUAUCCCAAAGGUUUGUGGAAUGUGGGAGCUACCACAAUGCCAAGAAGUCACUGUCGCCUUUAUUUUUUUUUUUGUGCCCAGCCAUAUGUACAGUUUUGCUGCAUUGAUGAACACAAUGCAAAAUAAAAGGCAUACGUUUCCAAGAA